CACUCCGAUCGAAAGAAACUGUCUGACCCAUCUUCAACUCAAAAGUAUAGAUUGCUAUAAAAGAAAUUUCUCAAGAGACUGAAAUGAAAGCAGCCAUUUCUUCGUUGAUAAGCUCCAGAAAUUUCAAUCUCCACCAGUUCUCCCUCUCCCGCUCCAUUUUCCGGCAGCCCUCCCUUCUUCUACCGUCUCAUUUUCCGGUAAUAUUCACCGGCGCCAAUUUAAUUAGCCACAAGUUCCGUUUCCACUCCAUCAAGUCCUCACCGAUUAUGGCUUCAUCCUUCAGUCCCGAGCAAGCUAGAUCGCCACCUGCACUUCCGUUGCCGAUACCUCCGGUCACUAAGUUUAAAAUCGCGCUAUGUCAAUUGGCGGUGACGGCUGAUAAGCAAAGGAAUAUUGAACAUGCUCGUAAGGCCAUUGAGGAGGCUGUGGAAAAGGGCGCUCAGCUUGUUGUCUUGCCGGAAAUAUGGAAUUGUCCUUAUUCACAUGAUAGCUUACCACUUUAUGCCGAGGACAUUGAAGCUGGUGGUGAUGCCUCCCCUUCAACAGCCAUGUUAUCUGAAGUUUCUCGCCGUUUAAAAGUCACAAUUAUCGGCGGCUCAAUUGUAGAGCGCUCGGGGGAUAAAUUUUAUAAUGCUUCUUGUGUUUUUGGCACUGACGGAAAGCUGAAAGCUAAACACAGGAAGAUACAUCUUUUCGAUAUUGAUAUCCCUGGAAAGAUCACUUUUAUUGAGUCUAAGACCAUCGCAGCAGGUCAAACUCCUACUGUUGUGGACACAGAAGUUGGACGUAUUGGUAUAGGAAUCUGCUAUGACAUCCGUUUUCCAGAACUAGCAAUGAUGUAUGCUGCAAGAGGUGCUCAUUUGAUUUGCUAUCCUGGGGCAUUUAACAUGACUACUGGACCAUUGCACUGGGAGUUAUUGCAACGUGCAAGGGCUGUAGAUAAUCAGUUAUAUGUGGCAACAUGUUCACCUGCUCGAAAUGCUGAUGCUAGUUAUGUAGCUUGGGGCCACUCAACCCUUGUUGGGCCGUUUGGGGAAGUGCUAGCUACAACAGAACAUGAUGAAGCGAUAGUCAUAUCUGAGAUUGAUUAUUCCUUUAUUGAGCUUAGAAGGACUAACCUACCACUUCUAAAGCAAAGGCGUGGUGACCUUUACCAGUUGGUAGAUGUUCAGGGGUUGAAAUCCGAAUGAAAGGUGCAAGGACUGCAUUGAACGUUCUUUUGCUUAAAAUUUUAUCGGAUAAGAAUAAAUUAACUUUCUGCUACGGCACUGCCCCUACUUUUUUCGAAAUACUGCCGGUCCAGAUUACAACUGUUGGUGCUGCUGCAGCUUGGUGAGAACAGACAGCUCCCAGUUAAAGUUCCAUUCUGCAAUGUUCCAUAUCUGUAUGUUUUACUUAACUUUGAAUCUUUGAUUUAAUAAAGGUUUGUGUAGGGCCUAUGUUAUGCUUCAUUCUAAAUUAUGCAAAGUGGGGUUAGAAAAGGAAAGAACUAUUUUAUC